CCAGCUUAGUCCUGCUUCAACCAACAUGUCUGUACCGUGCUGUGUUGGUAGCAUGAAAACCUGAUGACGUUUAUCAUUUACUGAGUGGGCUUCCUGCUGGAAGCGGCGUGGUGGUCACCUGCCAGAGCUCCCAGCUGAGCUGUCAGAGAGCUGCAGGAGGAGGAGGAAGCGUCGCAACGUUUAAGCGGCCGCCAUGAGUUUUUACAAGCACAUAAUUACUUUCCUUCUGUGGGUAACAGCAAUUAAAUACAGAUGGAUACAAAUCUAUCAACAUAGCUUAGAGAAUUGUUGAAGGCUUGUAGUUGUUUCGGCAGUGAACCAGCCUACUUUUGUUUUAUUUUUACAUUGACAAAUGUGAGAACAAAGGAAACCUGUCCGCUUGUCCCCGCUACAGGGCCUCAUCUUAAACUCUCAGUGGCUAAAACAUCGAUUGUUUUGACCUAUCACAGGACACCACACUCUGGAAGUGUAAUGCCGGCUUCAGUGAUUGGUCCAAACGUUUGGCGCCUCUUGAAUCCGUAGGAGCCGGAGUGGGCGGUGAGAGCGAGACGGUGAACAGUUUGAACCUGCUCUGCAUCGAGGCGGAAAUAUUGAAAUUAAACGGUUUUGUUUCCAGAAAAAGACUUAGUUAAGUGACAUCAGUAUCCACUAAAACAAGCAGCAGUGUUAGUGCCAAAUAUCUAGAUUGAGGCGAGGGGAACGGACGCUUUUGUUGUCAACAAGCGGCCGGUGUUGUAAAGCCGGCUGUCGUGCUUAGAAACGCUGCCUCCCGCUGAGCUAACCGCUAACUAGCUGCGGAGCUAACGCUUCAGCUAAGCUCCAACACAAAGGACCACUCCGCCGGCGUUCGCUGUGUUUACCCGGAAUCUAUCCGUUGAAUGAGGCCAGAACUUGCUGUCCAGGAUGAUAUUAGAGGCUCAUCUGGUGUCGUGAACCUCCUGGACUUGGCCUCCUACCUCUGUUGUUCCUGUAGAUCUCCAUCUGUAUCAGGACGAUCAUGGUGCUGACAGGGAAACGUUCAGACAAGGGUCCAGCCUGCUGGAAGAGGAGGGUGAAGUCUGAGUACAUGAGGCUCCGGCAGCAGAAACGCUUCAGACGGGCCGAUGAGGUCAAGAGCAUGUUCAACUCCAACCGUCAGAAAAUCAUGGAGCGAACAGAUAUUUUAAAUCAGGAGUGGAAGACCAGACGGAUCCAGCCAAUUCACAUCAUGACGUCUGUCAGCUCUUUGCGUGGGACCAGAGAGUGUACCGUCGAAAGCGGUUUCUCCGAGUUCCCCCGGCAGAUGAUCCCUCUAAAGACCCUGAACGCGGUGGCCUCAGUUCCUGUCAUGUACUCCUGGUCUCCUCUGCAGCAGAACUUCAUGGUGGAGGACGAGACGGUGCUGCACAACAUUCCCUACAUGGGAGAUGAGAUCCUGGACCAGGAUGGGACUUUCAUAGAAGAACUUAUCAAGAACUACGACGGCAAGGUCCACGGAGACCGAGAGUGUGGCUUCAUCAACGAUGAGAUCUUUGUGGAGUUGGUCAACUCGAUGGUUCAGUACAGCGACAACGAGGACGACGAUGAGGAGGAAGAGCAAGACUUCAAGGUGGAGCAGAUGGAUGCGAGUGAUGGGAAGGACCGCCCAGAGGACAACAGCAGGGAGAGACAUGUCAACAGUGAAGGCCAGAGCAGCGACGACGCCACCAAGAAGUUUCCUUCAGACAAGAUUUUUGAGGCCAUCUCCUCCAUGUUCCCCGACAAGGGCUCCACGGAGGAGCUGAAGGAGAAGUACAAAGAGCUGACCGAGCAGCAGCUGCCCGGCGCUCUGCCGCCUGAAUGCACGCCCAACAUCGACGGACCAAACGCUCGAUCCGUGCAGCGAGAACAGAGCCUGCACUCCUUCCACACUCUGUUCUGCAGACGCUGCUUCAAAUACGACUGUUUCCUUCACCCUUUCCACGCCACUCCAAACACCUACAAGCGCAAGAACUUGGAGAACCUGGUGAACACGAAGCCCUGCGGCCUGGACUGCUACAUGUACCUGGUGCAGGAUGGGAUGGAGGGGGAGUUUCCUGCCAGCGUGGUCUCUGAGCGCGUCAAGACGCCGUCCAAACGCACGGUUGGCCGUCGCCGCGGACGACUGCCCAACAGCCGGCCCAGCACCCCCACCGUCUCCUCGGAAACCAAAGACACGGACAGCGACCGCGAAGGAAGCAAAGACGACGAGCGAGAUGAGAAAGACGACGAGGACAAGAAGGACGAGACCAACAGCAGUUCAGAGGGGAACUCUCGGUGUCAGACUCCAGUGAAGAUGAAGCUGAACUGUGAGCCCGAAGCCGUAGACUGGAGCGGCGCCGAGGCGUCUCUGUUCAGGGUGCUCAUCGGGACGUACUACGACAACUUCUGCGCCAUCGCUCGGCUCAUCGGCACCAAGACCUGCAGACAGGUUUACGAGUUCAGAGUCAAAGAGUCGGCCAUCAUCGCUCGGGCGCCGGCCGAGGACGAGGACACGCCUCCCAGGAAGAAGAAGAGGAAGCACCGACUGUGGGCCACCCACUGCAGGAAGAUCCAGCUGAAGAAAGAUGGAUCGUCCAAUCACGUGUAUAACUACCAGCCAUGUGACCACCCUCGGCAGCCCUGUGACUCCUCCUGUCCCUGCGUCACCGCUCAGAACUUCUGUGAGAAGUUCUGUCAGUGCAGCUCAGAGUGUCAGAACCGUUUCCCGGGUUGUCGGUGCAAAGCCCAGUGCAACACCAAGCAGUGCCCCUGCUACCUGGCGGUGAGGGAAUGCGACCCGGACCUGUGCUUGACCUGCGGUGCCGCGGACCACUGGGACAGCAAGAACGUGUCCUGCAAGAACUGCUCCAUCCAGAGAGGAGCCAAGAAGCACCUGCUGCUGGCGCCGUCUGACGUGGCCGGGUGGGGCAUCUUCAUCAAAGAGCCGGUUCAGAAGAACGAGUUCAUCUCAGAGUACUGUGGAGAGAUAAUCUCUCAGGAUGAGGCCGACCGCAGAGGGAAGGUCUACGAUAAAUACAUGUGCAGCUUCCUCUUCAACCUCAACAACGACUUUGUCGUCGACGCCACGAGGAAAGGCAACAAGAUCCGCUUUGCCAAUCACUCUGUAAACCCAAACUGCUAUGCAAAAGUGAUGAUGGUCAACGGGGAUCACAGGAUCGGGAUCUUUGCAAAGAGAGCCAUCCAGACUGGAGAGGAGCUCUUCUUCGACUACAGGUACAGCCAAGCCGACGCCCUCAAGUACGUCGGCAUCGAGCGUGAGACGGAGAUCGCCUGAACCGGACCUCCUACCUCCUCUGGAUCAGCGACACAGAGGCCUUACACCCAAACGCAACAAACACACCUUCUCUUCAGGAACUCUGGGCUUUUGUUUUUUUCGUAGGACUUUUCUUUCCUGACUUUUCGUUUUUUCCUGUCGACAAACGCUCCUCUUCUGUCGGGAUGUUUGGAUUCUUUCUGGAUCUCCUCUUGAAGAUCAUCUGAACAGGAAUUGUUGACAAAAUCCAAAAGUAACUCAACGGUUGGAAGCUUCAGGGACCAAACCUCUCCACCAGCAGCUCUCGGCACACAGACCCGACCCUGUUUCCUCUUCGAUGUGCACUAUGACCCGACCCGGCUGCAUGAUCCUGCAGAGCUCCAUGUCGACGCGUCCAACACUGCCAAACAAACGGCUCUGAUUCAGAACGGAACGGAUCGGAGCUGCAGACUGAACUGUUUCCCACCAGCAAACCUGGAAGGUCUUCAGCCAUGUUGGACCUGAAAUAAUUCUGGGUUGUGAUGCUGCAGUUUCAGGUGCUAAACGGGUCGAAAACCUCCAAAACCAGCACACAUUAACUGCUCACACAGUCCUGUCCUCAAACACACCAUCUGGGCUUUUCUGGAUGUUCUGUUGGUGCUUCUGUCUGUACAGUUUUCCCAGAAUCAUGCUUUUUCCCACGAGGAUUAAUCUGGGUCCUGGUGGUUAUUUAGAACCGGAUUAACCAGAAUCAUGUUGCUUUGUGUGCUGAUCGGACCUCCUGGUGUUUUCUGUGCAUGCUGCUGUUGUAAUAUCAUGGUUCUGUGCUUAGAGGUGGGAAUGGUGCCGACUGUUGCUUUUUAAGGAUAUAAGCAGGGAUGUGACGGCUUCCAGGCAGGAAGUGGACCAGGACCAGGACCAGUUGUAACUUUGGUGCUGAAACUCUUAUUGUUUGAACAUAUAUCCUGAGAUGUGAUGUUGGCGGCUGAAAUAAUCCGGUUUGAUCUAGAAUCUGAUGAUUUAUGAGACUUAAAACCUUCAGUUGAGGCGACAAUCCUGAUGUGUUAAAAGGAGAUCAUUGCAUGUUGUUUUGUACUGAUCCGGUUGGGGAACGGGCCGUUAGGAUAAAACAACGGUUUCCUGAUAUUCCCAUGAUUCAGUAGAACGUUCAUUAUUAGCCAUAAUGUCACAUUUAUGUACGGAAAUGUUUUAUUUUACUGUGAAGGUGCUGCAGUCCUCUUUGAGCCAGCUGACUGACAGUGUGCAGCAACGGUUUUUAAAGCCCAGUUAACCCUUUUCUACUCGGGGAGGACCCAGGUUCUAGAGUUGACAUCAGAAUUUUGAUAUUUAUUAAUCAUGGACUCAGUUUGACCCCUCAGCUGUUUAAAAGUCCUGCUGUCUUGAAUCAGGAGGUUCUGGGCGGGAAGCAAGACAAGCUGUGGGGCUUCUUUGGCAUAACUUUGUGUCAGUCGACCCGGCAUGUCCCGCUCCCUAACAGAACACUCAGCAGGAUCUUCUGUUAACGGACCUCAGGUUUCUGCAUGGACUUCAGAUCAUAUUCUUACUCAUAAUCCUGCUUUUCCUGGGAAUUCUGGUGCUCUCCAAGGUCCAAACCAAGCAACUUGUUUAUUAUUUAUUACUAACUUGAGGCGACCGGUUCCGGGUCAGAGGAUGGAAACAUGGUGCUGAACUCAUCGGUGUGGGAAUGUGAACAUAUUACAAAGAUCAACAUGUAGGAACUGCUUCCUGUUUUCUGUCACCUGCUGAUCCGACUGGUUCUGUCAAAUCAUGCCAACGGUGCUGUUCUGGGUCGUGGUUUUGUUUCUAACUUGAGGGUCGGGACCCCGCCUUUUAAACUUCAGGUUCUUCUUCCUGUCUCGGUAGAACUACUUCCUCUUCUGACAUUGGUGCUGAUUUUUGUGACGUUUACAGGGAUUCUGCUGUUCUGAGCGAAGCGGAAUAAAAAUGUUCUCCAUGGUUUCA